AUGGAAUCAAGGCUACCAGCGUACACUCCUUCUGUGGGUACUCCUCGUAAAGAAUCUGCUAAUGAUACUGUAUCCUUUGCGGGAGGUAUGCCUACUGAUAAGUUUGUUACUCAGCGUGUCAAGGCUCCAGAAGUCAGUAAGGCCAAAUAUAGUGGACCUUCUCAAAGAUAUCCUGGGAUUGACAACGUUGAUGCCAAUGUUUCUGAUGAACACUGGCAGGUUCCUAGAUUGAGUUCUGCAAGAAAGCCUGCGUCUGUAUAUAAGGCAGACCCGAGGUUACAAGGUAGUCCAUAUACUAAGUCCCCUAUGGAUGAGGGUCCUAGAUUUGGGCAACCACCUAUGACUACUGAUUCGAAGAGAGUGCCUACUGUGGUUUCGCUGGGUUCAAGGUUUAUGAAUAUUGCUACUGAGAAUCCGGUGAAAGCUCAAGCUAGGCAUAAUUUGGGUUAUCGUAUGCCCAAGAGAGGAUAUCUGGCUUCCUUUUGGUCACUACCACCGUCAUGGCAACGUGAGAGACCUUCUGAUCUACCAGUGAGUGGUACUGACGAAGAACUAACUCUGGGCCAACUUGACUUCGUUAAAGACCGUGUUGACCAAGCUUCUGCGAAAUUGGUAUCACAGGUGAAGAAACUGCGUAGUGGUCCGUACAAGGGUGCUACUGAUAAGAGAUCUUGGGCUACUGUGGAGC